AUGGGUGCAGUGGUUGUAAUGGGUGCAGUGGUUGCAGUGGGUGAAGUGAAUGCAGUUGGUGCAAUGGUUGCAGUGGGUGCAGCAGGUGCAAUGGUUGCAGCGGGUGCAAUGGUUGCAGCGGGUGCAAUGGUUACAAUGGUUGCAGCGGGUGCAAUGGUUGCAGCGGGUGCAAUGGUUGCAGUGGCAGCAAUGGUUGCAGUGGGUGCAAUGGUUGCAAUGGUUGCAGUGAGUGCAAUGGUUGCAGUGGUUGCAGCUGUUGCAGUGGUUGCAGCGGGUGCAAUGGUUGCAGCGGGUGCAAUAUGUGCAAUGG